AUGGCCUGUGAAGAGGUCGUCGACAUGAUUGUGAAGGUGUUGACCGGGGCGUCCCACCUGGUCACCCUUGUUGAAAAGGAGUGGGGAUACUUCCGGGACUGGAAGACGAAGAGGAAGGAGGCCGAUGAGGAGACGGGCGGUAUCCUGCUUGAUACCGAGGAUUGGCGGGAGAUGGUGGAAGCCCGUUUGACGGUGGUGGAGGAAGAGAUGCUUGCCCGGCGGGAGCCCGUUAACUGGCGCCAACCUCGGAACGCUGGGCCUCUUCCGAUACCACGCGUCGAACGACUCCGGGUUCGGCGCGAUUCCACCAUCAGCUCUGACAGCACCGCCUUCGAGUCUGCUGUCGGCUCCUUCUCUCACCGUGACUGA